AUGGAACGAGAGUUGCAAGUCGGACUACCGAUGGAAUGGUCUCAUGAGAUGGGUAUCAACCCCCUAACUGUAGAUGAGCAGAGAUUUAAACCCGCGAGCCUUGCAAAGGUCCAACCUACUUCGGGUUCAGAUGAGGCGUUACUCCUGGCAAAGAAGUGGCGAGACAACUGCUGUGAACGGCAUACAAUCUGCAGCAUACCGGGGCCAGCCUUCUUGCCAACACGAGUACUAGAUCUUAGCGGGGGCGAUCAAGGCCGAGUUUACCUCCGAGAAACUCAAGGCGAGAGCGGCGAGUACGCGGCUCUCGGCUAUUGCUGGGGCUCAGGGGCGCCUGGACUGAUUACCACGACAAAGAAUCACCACUCUCAUCUCGAAGGCAUCGAAAUCCACAGCUUGCCGAGUACAAUUCGAGAUGCAAUCCAUGCGGCCAGGAAUCUCGAUCUACAAUAUCUUUGGGUAGACCGCCUAUGCAUCAUACAGGACUCUGCGGAAGACUGGGCCCAUGAGGCGGCGCUCAUGUGUGAGGUCUACUCUGGUGCCACCCUCACUCUCAGUGCCGACGGGAGCAACUCAGCAACCCAGGGUCUCUUCCAAACCGACCAAGCCCUCUCGAAGCUUGAGUAUCGUACCUACAUCGACCCCGAAGGAGAUGUCACUCCGAUGGUGCUCAUCAAGCCGCAACCUCACCCAACGGUGUCGGGUCGCGCGUUGGAUUUGAGCCAGCCCAUUGUUUCAAGAGGGUGGACAAUGCAGGAAAGGCUGAUGAGCCGACGCGUGCUGCAUUUAACGAGUGACGAGAUGGCAUGGGAGUGCGAUUGUAAGGGGCUGGCCCCUAGGCUUGUUCAACGUAGAGGUGCCGUCGAUUGA